AUGUCUUAUAAGGAUUUUCGAGGAAGCAGACCGAGGUUAUCGGAUUCCCUUAAUGGUCGGCGAUGGAUAUUCCUGAAAAAAGGUCUAGAUGACUUCAGAGACGGCUUUCCUCCUUCAUCUGAUAACAUGAUUGUGUAUGGUAGAAAGCGGCCUGUCUUAAUUACCCUUCAAAACAGCACACCGAAAUCUUCGUCCACGGCUCCGUGGGAGAAAAGGAAGAAGUGCGCCAAGACGCAGGUCUGUCUGUCCAAGCUCAGCCUGCUGCAGCAAGCCCGGAGGGAUUAUGUUGCACAGAUAGAGCGCUGUCUGAACCAGCAUCUCUUAGUCCUUUACCCACGGCUGGAAAAAAGUAUCUACCCAAAGCUCUUGAGAGAGGUUGCUGGUGUCCUGGAUCCUGAAAUGCUUUUGAAGAGCGAGGCUGGCUACAGGGUCUGUGAAGAGGAGAAACAACCCCUUCGGGAGGUGCUGGAUCAUACGGAGGACACACGAAGCAAAGCAACAGCUUCCAAGCCACGAGUACACAGCAAGAAACCUCGAGGCAAAAACCUAUGUACCCGGCUUUCCAAGAAGGUAGCAAGAGAAAAGGAGGCCACGCUGACCGACUUUGUUUCCCCUGAUGAACGUGCAAAGCGAGCAACCAAGCAUUUUUGUGACUGGGUUAUGUCUUUGGGAGGAGGGAACUGCGGUAUGGAGGAAGAUAAUCUCAUGAGCUUGCUCACCACCAGCUAUGAAAGGGAGGCCACUCUCCCUUCACCUUCCCUUGCCGUGAAAUUCAACAACAUGGAAGCAGAGCGGUCAAGGAGCCAGGAGGCUUCAUCUCCCCAGUUAGCUGUCAGGAGUUCUCGUCACCGAAGAAGUCUGCCCUGCCAGGUUAAGGUCCCUUCCCAAACGAAAUGGGAGAAGAUCAGAUAUGGAGCAUGGUAUCUUCAUCCCACAACGUGGAGAAAACAGAAAGCCACCGAACUGUUAAAAGCUCCGGAGGCAACUAUCAAUAGCCUUGGGAAUGCAGAGAACCGGUCUGAAAAGGAGAUGAAAGUCACGCAGCUCCACAGUGCACAGGCCUUUAAGGAAUUCCUGGAAAGGACGGACUACAGAAAGUCUCGGUUCCUUCUGGAAAUGCUGGCCGGGGGAAACGAUAGAGCUCCAGAGGAGACAUCCAAAGCUUGCAAGAAAGUGUCUAAAGAGAUGUGA